CAACAAGAUUCAUCCUGAUCGCAAGUUAUGCAUGUUUGAGACUCAAAGACGAGGACGUUGCAAUGACGAUCAAUGCUUAUCUCAGCAUUUUCGAGAUCUUCCCUUAAAUGAUCACGAACUUGUUCAAGAUCUACUCUCCUACUAUGAAGGAUGUACCGACGAACAAAAAAUUGAGUAUAGGGAAGGUCUGAAAAGUCUCUAUGACAAAAUGAAGGAGGAAAAAUGGGAUGUUAAUACUUGUAUAGAUGCAAUGAUUGAUUAUCGUACAGAAUUCAACGCACGUCAUCGAAGUGAUUAUCUCGACCCUCUCAAACACGUCCCCCGUCGGAUCGUGUUUAACAAGAAACGACCAUUAAGCGAUCCUCUUGACUGCGAAGAUGAUAGAGCUUCCACUUCUGAAGAAGAGUAUAGCUCCGAGUCUUUGCCAACCCCGGAAAUAAUAACAACAAUGGACGACCAGGAGGGCUAUACUCCCUUUGAACAAUCUUCACCUGAGUACGGGAUGGAAUAUGAGGAACAGAUAAAUUACCUGGAUCCUGUCUCGGUUGAACCUCACGAACACAUAUUUCCCGAGUAUGACGACAAUUCUGAAGCGGAAAAAGAUGAUCCCGGAAAAUUUGAUGUACCCCCUUCACCUUCCGAACAUGAUUCAGAUGUUGGUGAAGAUGAAGCCUAUGAAGAAUUACAACAGGGCUCUGAGGAAAGUCACGUUGAGCAACCACAGGAGGUGACUGCGCUCGAGAAUAAACAAGAAAAUACACCGUCAAAUAGUGAACCCCAAGAAACACCCCAGCCCUCAUCUGGCUUCAAC